AUGACGACUGGGGACAGUGACGAGAAGCAAAAGAGCACGAUCCCUAAAGAGAAGUUUGAAGGCAAAGUCCCCGCCGGACGCCCAGGGAAAGAUGAGGAUAUGGCUGGUGCUGUAUUGUUUACUGUCUCGAACCAAUACCUUAAUGGACAAACGAUUGUCGUGGACGGUGGUUACUUGCUGGCAGCCGGCACAAUCUAA